CGGUCGUCACUUUACACCGGAUGAUUACAACCACGAUACCGUGCUAAUGCAACGGUUUGGAGGCAGCACGAAGAAUUUUCACCUCAGAGGCGAGGCCCUACCGUCUUUGUUCCUUCCCGUUGCAAAGGGUCAUACACCACCUCGGGAAAGCGUGACAGAUCGUGUCGAUGUAUUGAAAACCUCCGCCAGCCAGACAGCCACAAGAAAAACCACAAGAACAGUGGAAACCCAGACGACACCAGAAUGCCAGUCUGUUGCCACGCAGGUGCAAAUGACCAUGAAAAUCAUGGUUUCCACAGCGACACAGACGAAGCAUCCCUCCACCACACAAAGUGCAGUGCUGAAUCAGCGUGAAGCUGCAUGCCCUGAAGCCCAAAGAGACACUGCAAUACAAGUCACCCCACUACCAUUGCUCCCAGCAGACUUCAGACCUCUCCGUGGUUCAACGCCUGUGCCAAUGGAGAUGGAUGACUCUUGUGCAGGUGAUGAAGACGAGCCAGCAGCUCAAGAAGACACCAGCUAUGUGCCAUCAUUCAGCGAGAGCUUCUUCAGUGCUCACCAUGAGAGUUCAGAAGUCCCCACAAGGGUAGAAGAGCCCUUGCACACUGAACGAAAGUUCAUUGUCUUUGAGAGCUGCCUGCGGGAAUUGCUCACCACCUGCAAGGUCUGUGGCCAAGCAGUAGGCGACAUCAGCUCCAAGGUUGUGGGCACUUUGCUCAUAGUGGAGGGCAUGUGUGACAAAGAACACAUGCUCCAGUGGAGGAGCCAGCCACUUGUUCGUGGGAGUGGAGCUAGAAACAUUCUUCUGGCAGCAGGAGUGCUAUUUUCUGGCUGUGCAGUGGCUGCGACCUUGAGGUGCCUAAAUUCUAUCGGCGUGCAGACCAUCACAGAACGGACCUUCUACAACUACCAGAGGGCCUACUUGCUGCCUGCCAUAAACGAGGUUCGCCUACUGGGCCACAUUUACAAAGAACUAGAGCAUGAUUUAGGCAUAGUCUGAUGGUUUUAUACAACACCAAUGCACCUGUAAGCUAAUAGACCAAUACAGGCUAUCAGUUUUAUUAGUGUAUCAAGUCGAUAAUUUCAUAAUCCAAUAAGAUGAGACCUAUAGAAGCCAAUAAAGUAUUUCUAUUUGAAUUUUUCCUAGGGUAAUGUUCUAGCAACGUAA